AUGAGAGCUGCUGCUUUCUCUACGCUCUCGGGCGCCGUGAUUGCUACGUCCUUCGUGAAGUCGGCAAGCGCGGCUCAGCUUAAUUCCACCAUCGAGUGGUCAUCCUGCGCGGACCUGAAUCCCGCCUAUGGCAACUUCAACGACUCAUUGAGAUGCGGCUACUACGACGUCCCUCUCGACUGGGCGGACGAGAGCGUGGGUACAGCACGCCUCGCGGUUGUUAGGUAUCCAGCAGCAGACAAGGAGAAGAAGGGCACGAUUUUCUUCAAUCCAGGUGGUCCUGGGCAAUCUGGCCUUGACUUUGUUAUCGGCGGCGCGGAAUCAAUCCUUUUGCCACUCGUUGGCACUGGCUAUGAUCUUGUCGCUUGGGACCCGCGCGGGACGGGCUUUACGACCCCCAGCGACGUCCGCUGCUUCGACUCCGCCGAAGAGCAAGCUGCAUACGGCAACGGCUCCCUCCUCCAGAACUUCCCCGUCGACCCGACGAACGCGCUCCUCGACGCCGCCGACGUCGCGGAGUUCUACUCCCGCAUGAACGAGACGGAUGCACUAUACAAGGGUUUCGGCAAACAGUGCGUGGAGCGAAGGGGCGAUGUGCUGAAGUACCUUGGCACGGCGGCGGCGGUGCGCGAUAUGGUCGCGCUGGCGGAUUACUUAGAGCCGGAGCGGAAGGAGAUCAACUAUUAUGGGAUCUCGUAUGGCACGGUUAUUGGGGCGACGUUCGUGAAUAUGUUCCCUGAUCGCGUUGGCCGCGUUGUUAUUGACGGUGUCGUGGACGCCCAAUUAUACUCUGCUUCUCCUGGGUACGAGACCAUCUCUGCCUCCGUUGAGUCCCGCGAUGCAGCCCUCCUCGGGUUCGCCAAAGAAUGCGCCAAGGCGGGCACGCGCUGUUCUUUCCGAUUGAAUGCGACCGACACCGGCGAUGACAUCUUGGACCGCAUUUAUGGCAUGAUGAAGACAAUAAACGACCUCACAAAGGCUGGUUCUUUGCCCGACGAAGUUCCCAACUACACCGACAUCAUCAAGUUCAUCUUCAACUCAUUGUACACGCCCAACACCUGGUCGACGCUUGCUGAUCAAUUGACUGCGAUCUACGAGCUUCUCAAUGGCGGCGAUACGACCUCCGUUUCGCGGCGAUUUAUCAAGCGUCAGGAUACGCAGGACCUGCCUACGAGCGACUCUACCUUGGUGAUCAGCUGCGGCGACUCGGUUGACGCGGGGAAUACGACGAUUGAGAAUACGUGGGAUGAGAUCUUGUUCGUGACGCGCAAUAUCUCGCCGCUAUUUGGCCCGUUGUUCAAUGCGCAGGGUACAAGCUGCUACGCAUGGCCCGUGCGCGCCGUGGAGCGAUACUCUGGCCCCUGGAAUAACAAGCUCAGCAACAAGAUUCUGGUCAUCGGUAACCAGGCCGACCCGGUAACACCGUUCAGGAACGCGAAGCAGGUCGCGGACCAGCUGGGCGAAAGCGCUGUUCUCAUCGAGCAGAGCGGCUAUGGGCACGGCUCGAUUGCGGAGUACUCGAACUGUACGAUGAGCAUCCUGCAAAGCUACUUUGAGUCCGGCAAGACACCGGAGAACGAUCGGAUGUACUGCUUCGUCAACGAGGACAACCUUAUCCUCUUUCCCGACCAGUCCAAUAACACAGCGAACGCGACUGCCAGCACUACUCCCGACGAUGACUCCUCGGCCCCGUCGUUCGCCAACGCAGUCGACCUCUCGGUCUCCGAUACCACCUCUGCCUACUCGGACAAUCUCAACGACGCCAUCGACGAGGUACAUGAGGACGUCGAAGUCGCGGACCUGCGACAGGCAAAGAACACGCUCAUGAUCACAACGAUUGUAUUCGGCGCGCUGUCGGUGAUCCUCGGCGCGGCACUCGCGUUUGUGGUCAUUCGCUCCCUCCGCGAGAGGGCGAAGUACUCGCGCGUCAGGGCGGCUGAGAUUUUGGAGCCGGCGUGGGCAGCGAAUACGCCGGCGGUGGUGGAUCCUUAUGCGGAUAGGCCGGGGGAGAAGCUGUAG